GAUGGGAGGAGUUUGUUGCCUCAGGGGAGAAGGUGAAUACAAACACCUUCAGCAUCUUUUCAAGCUGCGCUUUCAUGUGGAGCCGCAGCAUCGCGGCGAAGCGAUGUUUUUUUCCUCCCUGCAACUCGUAACAUGAGAAUGGCGUCUGACCACAAUGUGAACUUUAGCGCUUUCCUCGGACUCUCCGUGUGCUGCAGAAACAAGGGACGGUCCUGAGAGGUCAUUUUUCACCUGAUCGGACUGAACUGCAGCAAUGUCAGCACUACAGAAACAAGUGACAAGAGGCCAAGACAGCCAAGUCUUGCCGAAGGUCCCUGUGCCCCCACUCAAACAAACCCUCGACACCUACCUGAAAUGCGUCCAGCAUCUUGUGAAAGAAGAGCAGUUUAAGAAGACUAAGGCCAUUGUGGAGAAGUUUGGGGCUCCCGGAGGAGUCGGGGAGAUUCUUCAGAAGAAACUUUUGGAGCGGAAGGACAAAAAAGCCAACUGGGUCUAUGACUACUGGCUGGAAGACAUGUACCUAAACAAUAGGUUGGCACUGCCAGUUAACUCCAAUCCUGCCAUGGUGUUUCCAAAACAGGCUUUCAGAGAUCACAAAGAUGCUCUCAGAUUUGCUGCUCGUCUCAUCUGUGGGGUGUUAGAGUAUAAGGCUCUCAUUGAUGCGAGAAAGCUGCCUCUGGAUUUUGCUCGAGGCCAGUUAGCCGGGACUCCUUUGUGCAUGGAGCAGUAUUACCGCCUCUUCACCUCCUACCGCUACCCGGGUCUGAAGACGGACACGCUGAAGGUUGACUUGAGCGCUGCCUCCCCGGCGCCAGAGCACAUGAUUGUGGUGUGCAAAAACCAGUUUUUCCUCUUGGAUGUAGUCACAAACAACAAGCAGCUCAAUGAGACAGAGUUCUUUCUCCAGCUGGAGAAGAUUAUGAAAAUGUCAGAAAAUGCUGAAGAGAAACUCCCUCCUUUUGGGAUCUUGACCUCAGACGGAAGGACUGAAUGGGCACAAGCUAGGGAAGCACUAAUAAAAGAUCAAACUAACAGUGACUCUCUGGCUCUGAUUGAGAGCUGUAUAUGUGUGGUGUGUUUGGACGAGCCCUGCGGGGUUCCGCCCAGCGACACCAACAGGGCUCUGAUGAUGCUGCAUGGUGGUGGCCGGGAACAGAAUGGUGCAAACCGCUGGUAUGAUAAAUCAAUGCAGUUUGUUGUAGGAAUGGAUGGGGUGUGUGGGGUGGUGUGUGAGCAUUCCCCGUUUGAGGGAAUAGUCAUGGUGCAGUGCUCAGAGUUCCUUAUGAAACGCAUAACAGGGAGUCCCUCCAGGACAGUUCAGCCGUCCAGCACCAGACCACUCCCCCCUCCAAGGAGGCUGCUGUGGAAAUGCAACUCCCAUGUUCAGGCUCUCCUAGAAGCAUCGGGAGACAGACUGCAGAGGCUGGUGAACAAUCUUGAUAUGGAUGUUUUCACAUUUGAAACUUAUGGAAAAGAAUUUAUCAAAAAACAGAAGAUGAGCCCAGAUGCAUUCAUACAAAUCUCCUUGCAGCUUGCAUUUUACAAAUGCAGAGGAAGGCUGGUGUCCACGUACGAGAGUGCUUCGCUUCGUCGUUUUCAAGAAGGUCGGGUAGAUAACAUCCGUUCAGCCACAGCUGAGGCCCUGGCCUUUGUGAGGUCCAUGACCGACGACAGAGCAACUUUCACAGAUUCUGAAAAAAUGAAACGAUUGAAGGAUGCAGUAAAGGCCCAGACAGACUACACAAUCGCAGCAAUUACAGGAAUGGCAAUAGACAAUCACCUCCUUGGACUUCUGAAGGUCUCAAAGCAGCUGAACAUGGAGAAGCCAGAGAUCUUCUGUGACGAGACAUAUCUGGCCAGUAACCAUUUCAUCCUCUCCACUAGUCAGGUUCCUACAACAGUGGAGAUGUUCUGCUGCUAUGGACCUGUGGUGCCCAACGGCUACGGCACCUGCUACAACCCGCAGCCGCAUCACAUUGUCUUCAGUGUGGCGAGUUUCUGGGAGAACACGGAGACGAGCUCGGCCGUUUUCGUCAAAGCCCUAAACGAGGGCCUGUUGGAAAUCAGGGAUCUGUGCAAUAGAAGUGCAGCUGCAGAUACCAAACCACCCCAAAGCAGCACAGCAGCUGGCCAGCCUCGUAAAUCAGGAAAGUAAACUAUACAGAUAGAACCUCCCCUAUACUCACCUAAUCAAACCUCAGUUAGCCUGAUAUUUCAAGAAAAAUGAAAAGCCUUAUAAAUGAAUAUUUAACUACAUAAAAAAUAUGUAUAUAAAUCUUAAGAAAAUAUAUAGAAAAGAAAAAUUAGUAGGUAAAUGUCAUUUUUGGAUGUGUAGGAGUGAUGCAGGGUUCGAAACUGACUCUGGUGGACUGAAGUUAGUCAGUCUGCUGCACUUAAGGAACUUGAAGCCAUGUCUGUUUGUAGCGCCAGUCUGAGGAUUCAGUCCUCAGUCUAAGAGUUAUUAAAAAGAUCAUUCCUGUGUAUAUUACAUCUAACUUAUACCACACAAAUUAUUAAUCUAUAAAACAGAACAGACUGAAAAAAAUCUGAAUAGAGUAUAGUAUAAUUUAUUAAUGCCAGCUGGUAUUUGUGAAUGAGAUUUGCCAUUUGAUCAACACUGUGAUUUUAAAUGUUCAAAUAUGUGAUGUAUUAAUAUGUGUAAUUUAUUAUUUUUUAAUUAUAAGUUUUCCAAAGAGGUGUGUAUAUGUGAAGUAUGUAUUUUAAAGCACUUUAACACACACACACACACUCACACACAUAUGUAGUUGAAACCAGAUAUGUGCGUACACUACAGAUGAAGCUUAUUUUAUUUAAGUAUGAAGAUGUUCUGCUUCCUGCUGACUUAAAACCUCACAUUUAAGAUUAGAAAAUGUCCUUAACCUAAUAGAAGAAAAUAUUUUUGUCGGCCUGUCAGAAAUUGGGGCUUCAUGAAAAUUAUGUACAGGACCUGCUUCAAGGUUGUUAUUUUGAAAAGACCCUUUAAAUCUGAUUAACAAGCCCAAUUGGAAUUCAUAUUUUAAGUCAACAAUUAAAAUUUCACAAAGACACACAACAAAUACAAGAUGAUCAUUUAUUUGUUAGAAUUCCAGGGUAAUAUUUGCAACUAUCUAGAUGUGUUACGUAUUGCAGCAAUAGUGGCAAUAAUAGGUGCAUAUGUGUUAUCAGUCAUCAGUGCUGCUUUAUUACCAAGUUAUAAACAAGUAUAUAUAUUUACCAUAUGUAUAUAUAGUCAUAAUUUGUCCUUUCAUUUGCAUUUAAAGCAGAUGCAAUACAUAAAAUAGAUAACAAAACCAGUGAUGUACUGCAUAGUUUAAGCAAUUUGUGCAAUAAUAUACAAAGUGCAGUGAAGGUUUUGUGCAAUCUUAUGUGCAUGGAGCUUCUUCAUUGAUAAAUCAAUACGAGUUGCUAUUUUUAUAUUCAGAGAUAAAAGAAACAAAUACUAUAUGAAGUUAUGAAAUUAAAAAUGUUUAUUCAUCAGAAAAAGUCCCUGCAAGUAUGUGUUGUGGGUCCUAUUUAUUUUGUGAACUCUAAGUGGCAAUCAGUGUUAAAGGUGUCAAGAUAUUUACUGUCUUGUUGCAUAUCCACAAACCAAAGUGAAUGUAUUAUGAUUUUAAACCUGAGAUAAGUAUUAUACCUGAAAUGUGUGUGUUUAAUUCUCUAUAAAGCUACAACAAUUUUGAUUAAAUAUUAAUAAAAUUAGUGCAAAAUCAGAAUGCCUUAGAAAGAUGUAAAAGUAUUGCUGUCAUUUGUCUGAAGAAAACACCUAUUAAUGUGGGAACAACAUGGUUAAGACGUAUUUGUCACAAGUUUUUUUUUGUUUUUUUUGUAUGUAUCACCCAAUAAUGUAUUUAUUGAUAAUUAUAGGAAAAACCUGUAUAAAUGUGGCUUCUGUUGCAGAAGUGCUCACAUCACUUGAAUUCUUUUCUCAUUUUGACAAGCUGUGUAUUUUGUUAGGACAUGUGAUGGGUACAAAACUGUGAAGUGAAAGAAAAAUCAUUAAGUGUGUGUAUUUUCUUGAAAAAUAAAAAUCUAAAGUGUAGUAAACAUUAUUAAUUCAGAUCACUUUACUGUGAAACCAUUAAAUAAAAUCUAGUGCAGCCAC